AUGGCGGAACAUGGAGCAUAUUCUCCUAGUCCAAGAACACCAUCUGCCUUUCAUCAGAGAAGCUCCCAUUCACGUUCAGCGUCAUGGUCGUACACAUCAGGAAAUGGGCAAAUCACUAUAACACCUUUAAACCCGAUCAGAUCGGUUAUUCGUGAGUUUGUUCCCAGUUUCGGCCAUCGAAGUCCAACUUCUCGAUCGUCUACUAGUUCUCCUCUUUCUCCUCUCUCUCCUUCGACUUACGUUAACAUAGCGGAGGUUCUGAGAGACGAAAACGAUGCAGAAGACAUAGAAUCGAGCAGGGUCUCCCCAUUUACCGCUGUAAACAACAAUUCGGGAAACUCAAGCGAUGGAGAUGCCGAAAGUGGCGAUGCUAACAUGGCCGCCGGGAAUUCUAGUGGUGCUAAUGGAAACGGUCGUUCUGCUGGAGAUAGAGUCGAGUUUCAAGGCACGAUAAACUGGAUUGAAAAGAGUUUACCUUUUGUCCUGCUGCUUCUGAGCAGAAUUAUGUGGGACCAUCGAUUAGGUAGGUGUUAUUAAGGUUUAAAAAUGAGCUUGGUUAUUAAUCUUCAGAUUAAAGUAUAACAACAACAACAACAACAAUAAUGAUAAUGAUAAGGAUAAUAAUAACAAUAAGAUAAUAAUAAUAAUAAUAAUAAUAAUAAUAAUAAUAAUAAUAAUAAUAAUAAUAAUUUCUCGUGAAACGAGCAAGGCUCCACGUAUUUAUAGUGGCCUGCAUACUCAGGUGGCCGGCCCAUAUAUAUUUCUAUGUCUAUGUUGUGGUUCAGUUUUAUCCCUGGUUUAACUUUUGUUUUCCUUUCUUUCAAACUCAUUAUCAUACACUACCAUACCCAAACACAAAGGAAAAUAAAAUUUACACCAAGGAUGAAAUUGAACCACAACAUAUAUAUCUGAUGGUGUCUACAGUGACAUAUCAGUACAAGCGACAAAUGUGUGGGCAUUGUUGUUACUGUUUUUGUGACCAUUUUAGCAAUAAAAAAUUCUUUGGGACAAUAAACUUCAAUGGCCAAAGUAUUUCAAAGAGAUCCUUGAAUCAGUUUGGACCAGUUUUUUCAAAAUCAGAGGAAAAAUUAGCUUGGUGCUUUACCUGCCAAUGAAACAUAAACUGGUUUCAGCUCUGUACAACUGCAGUACAGGGUUUCAGGUGACUUUCAGGCAACUUGACCUUGAUGAAUCACAACACUGUAGGAAAGAAAAUUAACAUACAUGUAUGGGUAAAAGAAAUUUGAGUCCUAAUCAUGAUUGUUACCAGAAAUUAAGGAAUUCAAUGUUUUUCAGGGGUGUGCUCUUCGGUGACUAGAAAAUCUUAGUUUUUUCAUACAAAUGAUAUGCAGCUGGGCACCCUAGUUUUUGCAGGUCCAGAGCACUGGGCUCCCUUUAAUUUUCCUUAGAGCACAGCCUUGUUUUUUUGAUAUACAUAUCCUUCCUUUUCAGGUAUUUUGGUGUUUAUUGGUUUGUGUGGUACAUUUCUUCAUGCUAACAGUACUGUUAAAAGACAAGUGUCUCUAAAGGUAUUUAUUUAAAUGACUACAUACUUUGAAUUUUGUUUCCAAAACAAGGAAACACUUCAGCAACAUUAUGGGCAUGUUUUGUCAAAUUUUUGUUGUUCUACAAUAAACUGGUGCAGGUCCAGACUGAUUUUCAUUAAUAAUUGUUUUCUUUUGCACUAAAAAGUUAGAUGUAAAGAAUAAUCACUGACAGUGUGUUUCUCAGGCCCUAUGAGAAGCUUUGCACCUUUCGCUCUUACCAUUACAUUUAGAAAAUAGUUGCAUUUUACUCAUACAACUGAGUUCAUAUAAAUGUACAAGAUUAUGGAGUGCAGGUGGGUUUUCCACCAAAUCAGACCUUCUGUCGGUUGUUUCUCAAUGUUACACCUGGUUCACAGCAAGACACACUUUGAGUCAAUUUCAAAAAGUCAAGAACUCUUCAAUCACUUGUUGGUCACUUCCUUUUUUCUUGUGACCUUUAACGUUAUUUGACUGACCAGUGUAAUUGUUAAAAAGGUAAAUGUUACAUUGUAAGUUAAAUGUUAGCCAUUCUUGGAAUUUAUAAGUUUAAUGUAGAUUUCAGCCUGUGAACAGAUUUACAGUAUUUUGUGCUUCACUAGACCCACAUUUGUUAUCAUAACAUUAUUUCUUUGAUCAUUUUAGGAUAGACGUCUCAAUCGAGUCUCUCUGUGGACCUUUGUUUUUCUUUCUGGAAAUGUCUUUUUUAUUUACUAUGUGUUCUAUAACAACCAUCUAGAAAACUGGUAAGAAACCACAGAAAUGAAUGUUGGUGUAUUUAGGUUAUGUUUUGGUCAAAUCAAAGCUCAAACAUCCCCCCACCCCAGGCAACCUUGAGGCAUUUGAACUUUUGAAAAUUAAUGUUUUCAAAAUUCUCCACUACCUGAGCCAAAAAUCCUGUUCAUACUAAUAGGUCCAUUUUAGGUUAUUAAAUGUUGCCACCUCAGGGACAUUAGAAGGGGACCAUGUUACUCUUUUAAAUAUAAAUGUAAUUUUCACCAUGUUGGCCUCCGCAAUGACUUACAUGUAUUAAGUCUCUUGCAAGGCUAAUUAAUAAUUAAUUCAUUAUCCCUUCAAUGACUAUACUCACUAAUUCGAAAGUUAUUUUUUGUCAUUGAGGCAACUAAGAGAUGCUCAGCCUUACAAAUGCAGCCUGUUAUCUGAAAAAGUGGAACCUACAGAUAGGUCCCUAAUGACUCAGGUCUGCACCCCAAUCAACUGGUGUUGUAUGACACACCCACUCCAACAUGCCCCUUCUUUACACAUCCUGAGCCCCAUCAGAUUUAGCAUGACCUAACAUUUGCUUUUUUUCUUGUAAGUUUGAUUUUCAGAAAGCCUUUAUUCAAUAGAAUGGAUGUCUGGACUGUGUUUUGGUGUGUUGGAAUAACAGGUGACAUAAUGUUAUUUAUUCAAAUACACUGUUGCAGUAAUACUGUAUGACUUUUCAUGCUCAGUAAUCAGGGUUUUUUGAUUACUUCCAUAUUGUUUCCAACUGACCUAGCUAAGGUUACUUCUUAUCUAUCAAUAAUAAUUAUUUUAUUGUUUGGAGUUGUGCUGUGCUAUAUCUGUGAUUAAAUAAUGAUGAUGGUAAAAUAUUUUUAAUAACACCAGAGUUACAUUUUAGAGUUUUUGAAUGGUUACCCUGCCCAUACAUGUACAUGUACAGCUGCCCUGAUUGAAGGCUCGACUGUCUAUAGCAGUGAAAUGGUUUAAAGAGGUUGUGAAGCUAGGAUAAAUACCAUAAAGAAAUGUAUAUACUAGGCAAAUGGCCACAAUGUUUUUGUUUGUUUGUUUGUUUAGUUGUUUUAUUAAACAGGAUAUAAAUCGUCCGGGUAAGACGGGAAGCAAUUACUUUGUUAUGGCGCAAUACACUUUCUUCGCAUAGGAAUGUUUUCAUUUUCACGCAGAGAAUGUGUUUUUAUAAGGAAGUUGGUUAGAAAACAAGGGAUCAGUAUACAUGCUGCCUUGUAAAGAUUCCUAAAAUUUGAAGCUUAUUAACCAAUAAAAAGUGUAGUAGAAACAAUAGUUUUGCAUACCGACGUGUUCAUUGUGAUACACUUUGUUCUUUCCUUCUUACCUGGACCAUAACUAUGUCUGGUCCAUUACUCAAUUUGACCAUAGUUAUUAAAGUGGAAUGGUCUCCUCUACUAUGAUUUGACUAAGAUGCAACAUGUCAGUGAUCAAUUUACAAAAUGCAAAUGUGGUUGUCAGCGUCUACAGUUGUUCUUUUGUUCUUCUCUUAGUUAAUUUUAUGCUUUCCAGUUGUGGUAAAUGAGAAGAUUCUUUGAAUGAAAAUUAAUGCCUAGUAACUAUUACUUGCUGCCAUGGUUGAUUACAGAUUUUGUGAUUCGAUUCAUAACGAUGGCUCUUAAAUCGAUGGUGGUUAUUCAGCAUAGAAGAAUAAUUCCGUUUAGAAAAAGGGUAAGAAAUGAUAAUUGCGUCUAGACUUUAGUUUUGGCCCUUACUUUUAGAGGUAUUCCUCCGGGCACUCCCCGUCUCCGAUCCCCCCCCCCCCCCCCCCCCCCCCCCCCCCCCGCUCCCCCGCCCCCCCCCCCCCCCCCCGCACACUGUUCUUGUGGCUGCCCCCCAACUCACUUUUGUGCUGUUCCCUCUUUUAUCCCUCACCACCCAUUUUGUAUUUUUGACAUGUUUGUUUUUUUUAACUUUUCUUUCACUUUCUAUGCUAACAGUACUGUUAAAAGACAAGUGUCUCUAAAGGUAUUUAUUUAAAUGACUACAUACUUUGAAUUUUGUUUCCAAAACAAGGAAACACUUCAGCAACAUUAUGGGCAUGUUUUGUCAAAUUUUUGUUAUUCUACAAUAAGAUGGGCAGGUCCAGACUGAUUUUCAUUAAUAAUUGUUUUCUUUUGCACUAAAAAGUUAGUUGUAAAGAAUAAUCACUGACAGUGUGUUUCUCAGGCCCUGUGAGAAGCUUUGCACCUUUCGGUCUUACCAUUACAUUUAAAAAAUAGUUGCAUUUUACUCAUACAACUGAGUUCAUAUAAAUGUACAAGAUUAUGGAGUGCAGGUGGGUUUUCCACCAAUUCAGACCUUCUGUCGGUUGUUUCUCAAUGUUACACCUGGUUCACAGCAAGACACAUUUUGAGUAAAUUUCAAAAAGUCAAGAACUCUUCAAUCACUUGUUGGUCACUUCCUUUUUUCUUGUGACCUUUAACAUUAUUUGACUGACCAGUGUAACUGUUUAAAAUGUAAAUGUUACAUUGUAAGUUAAAUGUUAGCCAUUCUUGGAAUUUAUAAGUUUAAUGUAGAUUUCAGCCUGUGAACAGAUUUGCAGUAUUUUUUGCUUCACUAGACCCACAUUUCUUAUCAUAACAUUAUUUCUUUGAUCAUUUUAGGAUAGACGUCUUAAUCGAGUCUCUCUGUGGACCUUUGUUUUUCUUUCUGGAAACGUCUUUUUUAUUUACUAUGUGUUCUAUAACAACCAUCUAGAAAACUGGUAAGAAACCACAGAAAUGAAUGUUGGUGUAUUAAAGUUAUGUUUUGGUCAAAUCAAAGUUCAAACAUCCCCCCACCCCAGGCCACCCCUAGGUAUUUGAACUUUUGAAAAUUAGUGUUUUCCUCCACUACCUGAGCUGAAAAUCCUGUUCAUACAAGUAGGUCCAUUUUAGGUUAUCAACUGUUGCCACCUCAGGGACAUUAGAAGGGGACCAUGUUACUCUUUUACAUCUGUCUGGAUUUCAUACAAGGUGCCUGUACUGAGUCUUUAGACCGUCAAGUCCAAAGAGCCAUUACUCACCCUCCCCACCCAUGUAGCUUAUGACUAGUCAAUCAAUUCCCCCAAGCUCUGCUAGUAGUGUUAUGAUUAUGAGUCACCGCAUUGAUUUGGCUGGCUUAGGCCACAGGAUAGACUACGAGUAGUCCCCCAUUUUUCCUCAGGGAUAGUAGAGCGAGCAAAACGCGAGCGCACAUGAAAAUCAACCCAUGCAGGAAAAGGCGACACGUGCUCUACUAUCCCUGAGGAAAAAUGGGGGACUACUCGUAGUCUAGCCACAGGAAAAAUUCUCUGACUUUGCACUGCUUUCUGACAUAAAACUCUAAUCAAAGAGACAAAAUCUCCCCCCCCCUACACCCCUGAUUUUCACACAAAAGAAGGAAGCCACCCACCCACGGUGGACUGGGCCUGGGCUCUCAGCUGACACCUAGCAAGACGGCAAGCCCCCUAGUUUUUUCCCGGCUACACUGGCUAAGCGAAAACUUAGCAGGCACCUUUUAGCAAAAUCACACAGACAUAUAAAUGUAAUUUUCACCAUGUUGGCCUGCACAAUGACUUAUUAAGUCUCUUGCAAGGCUAAUUAAUAAUUAAUUCAUUAUCCCUUCAAUGACUUUACUCACUAAAAGUUAUUUUUUGUCAUUGAGGCAACUAAGAGAUGCUCAGCCUUACAAACACAGCCUGUUAUCUGAAAAAGUGGAACCUACAAAUGAGUCCCUAAUGACUCAGGUCUGCACCCCAAUCAACUGGUGUUGUAUGCCACACCCGCUCCAAAAUGCCCCCCUUUCACACAUCCUCAGCCCCAUCAGAAAGCAGUGGACCUAAAGUUUGUUUUUUUCUCCUUGUAAGUUUGAUUUUCAGAAAGCCGUUAUUCAAUAGAAUGGAUGUCUGGACCGUGUUUUGGUGUGUUGGAAUAACAGGUAACAUAAUGUUAUUUUUUCAAAUACACUGUUGCGGUAAUACUGUAUUACUUUUAAGCGUAAUAAUUAUUGAGUUUUUUUUUUUACUUUCAUAUUGUUUCCAACUGACCUAGCUAAGGUUACUUCUUAUCUAUCAAUAAUUUUAUUGUCUGGAGUUAUGCUGUGCUACAUCUGUGAUUAAAACAAUAAUGAUGGUAAAAUAUUUUUAAUAACACCAAAGUUACAUUUUAGAGUUUUUGAAUGGUUACCCUGCCCAUAGCAUUCAUGUGCGGCUGCCCUGAUUGAAGGCUCGACUGUCUAUAGCAGUGAAAUGGUUUAAAGAGUUUGUAAAGCUAGGAUAAAUACAAUAAAUAAAUAUAUAUACUAUGCAAAUGGCCACAAUUUUUUUGUUUGUUUGUUUAGUUGUUUUAUUAAACAGGAUAUAAGUCGUCUGGGUAAGAUGGGAAGCAAUUUCUUUGUUAUGGCGCAAUACGCUUUCCUCACAUAGGAAUGUUUUUUAUUUUCUAGCAGAGAAUGUGUUGUUAUAAGGGAGUUGGUUAGAAAACAAGGGAUCAAUUUACAUGCUGCCUUGUGAAGAUUUCAUAAAAUUUGAAGUUUAUUAACCAAUAAAAAGUGUAGUAGAAACAACAGUUUUGCAUACCGACGUGUUCAUUGUGAUACUUUGUUUCUUUCCUUCUUACCUGGACCAUAACUAUGUCUGGUCCAUUACUUAAUUUGACCAUAGUUAUUAAAGUGGAAUGGUCUCCUCUACUAUGAUUUGACUAAGAUGCAACAUGUCAGUGACCAAUUUACAAAAUGGAAAUGUGGUUGCCAGCGUCUACAGUUGUUCUUUUGUUCUUCUCUUAGUUAAUUUUAUGCUUUCCAGUUGUGGUAAAUGAGAAGAUUCUUUAAAUGAAAAUUAAUACCUAGUAACCAUUACUUGCUGCCAUGGUUGAUUACAGAUUUUGUGAUUCGAUUCAUAACGAUGGCUCUUAAAUCGAUGGUGGUUAUUCAGCAUAGAAGAAUAAUUCCGUUUAGAAAAAGGGUAAGAAAUGAUAAUUGCAUCUAGACUUUAGUUUUGGCCCUUACUUUUAGGGGUAUUCCUCUGGGCACUCCCAGUCUCCAACAACCGCCUCCCCCCCACCCCCCACAGGGUUUCCAGGUAUCUCCUCUCCUUAGAUAGGAAUAUGGUACUUGAAGAACCACUUAAUCAAUUUGCUGCAUGUCCACUGGUGUACCACCCAAUCGUUAUUUAGUAAAUUACAAUGUAUGUUAUUUCGCAACUUACGUGGAAAUCUCCGCAUGGCUUCCUACUGUUGAACGGUUACGACAGUUAGAUAUUUGCGGGAGCAACAAUCGUGUAUAGGGCACAGCUACCCUAUUGAAAUAGAGGUUUCUAUCAAAAGUGUGUUCCCUUUCAUUUUUAUCGGUAUUGAACCGCACCAAAUCAAGAUAGGUUAUACUGGAUCGGUUUCCAUCAUGUGUGGUAUUGUUCUGUAAAACUUUCUACUGAUGCCUUUGUUCACACCGUGCAAUGUAUUUUCUCACUCACAGGGCAAGUUUUAUCUUUUAAUUGAGAAUUUUUCUCAGUUAUACCGCAUGUUGGUGCCCAUUCCACUGUGGUUCGCCUUUUUCACGGAGUACAACUAUGGUGGCGAGUACUUUGCUGUCAUAGCAACAACAAUAUACUUAAUUCUCAAGGUAAGUCUACUGCGUUCUUUUCAGCCUCACACAGCCUGGGAAAACAGCCAACCUUUUCACCACCACUGGUUUCCAUGCGAAACGACAUCUCAGGUUCGGGUUUAGAAACUCCAUACUGAUAACGUGUCACUACCCAGAUCUGGGCACAGGUAACCCAGGCUCACUGUUUGGGUCACGUACGGGUUUCAUAACAUGGGUAAAUAUAGGGAACAUAUGGGGCGAAGUUUAGGUCUGGAAAUUUGCUAGAAAGUGGAAAUAUAAAUCGAUGAAAAUUACCAUGUGGCGAGGGACUUUAAUAUCCAGCGACGCGACGGCAAUGACUGAGAACGUCGCUUAAAAAGUGAAUUUGCGUUCUUUCAGUCUAUAUCGCAAUUAUUCCUACCCACUUACUUUGUCAAAUGUAGGCGAACCGUCCUGGAGUUGAAUUCCUAGGCACCAUAUCCAAGUACAGUAAGAGAAAUAAAAUUUCGUCAUUGCUUGUUUACGUCCUCCGUAAAAUGCGAAAUUAUGCAUGUUCCAGUCGUUGUCGUGCAAAAACGGGCAGAGAAAUGUACAAAAAAGCAUGGUGCACGUGCAAAGUUGUUGUUUUGCUGAUAAAACCUAUUGUUUUUUUGACGUUCUCGUUACCGUACACGAAGUGUCGGGAAAAAUAGUCGCCAUCACCUUUCCUUCAUGUACACUUUUUUUUAUAAGAACGUCCAUUUUUCGAGUUGAGCCCGGACCGUUCCUAUUUUCUGGGCAGUUUCAGCCUGGAAAUGUUCUUAAAUUUCAAUAACUUACAGUAAAUGUAUUAUUGACCAUACGCAAUAGGAAUGUGUUGAAAGAAAAGACAAAAUUUUGAGUGCACUCUGAUUCCAUGUAGGAUAUUAUGUAAUUCAGACUUUCUGGAUUUAGGAAAGUAAAAGCAGCGACAAAUAGAUUGUUCAGUCUUCUCUGAGCCUAUGUCCUUAGCAUGUUCUUAAUAUUUUGGCAAAUUUCUGGCUGAACGUUCUUUUAAAAAAGGUUCUUACAUAAAAAAAGAGUGUACUCGGAGAAUGAGGCCAUGAAUCAGUGAAGUUGUUGAUAGUCCAGUAUUACCCUCAAUUAACAUCGUGAAGCACACUCAGAGAUGAAAAUGGUAUUUUUUAUUGCAUUUCUGUCCAUUAAGUAGAAAUCUCCCUUUAUAUCUAGUACCAGAAAUAUCUUAAUACGUCCUUUUCUUUCCAAAGGGACGUAUGAUUAUAGGAAAACUGCAAGAGGUGUACUCCGCCUGCAAAGUGUUUGGACACGAUGUGGUAUGUCUGAAGUCUCUUUCAUCUUAUUGUGGCUAGAAAAAAAUCCCUGCAAACACCACAUGUAGUGAUUAGAAAUUAAUACUUACAGCGGUAUUUGCUCAGAUGUGAAACGAAAGCCCCCAAAUUCAAAACGCGGACAAAGCCGUGUGGAGCUUACACUCAGGAAUUACCAUCAGAUACAAAGUAAACCAGAACGUAUGGGAACUAUACGAAAUAAGCCGGGACUUAAGCUGUCACACAAUUCUGACAAAAUAACAUGGACUAUUAUACUGAUGCAAGCACCUGUAAUACACUGUACACUGACUGGCUUUGCAUUGCAAAUUCAUCUUGCAAGGCAUCUGUAGGUGAAAGGGAAAGCAAGGGCAAAAGACGAGAUAGGAAGAUAAUAACCCUAAAAGACAAAUCAAACUAAACUAACGUUAUUUAGAGAGGGUGACACUUGACAGUUCCAAGACCUCUUAAAGCUGUGGUCCUCUAAGUGUACCCAACGAGAUACAUUUUCUAGAUCGAAUUGGAAUUGGACAUGCGUUUAAGGAAAGAGACCUCUUGUCCUCAGGAGAGGGGGAGCCGGAGAACCCGGGGAGAAACCUUUCGGAGCAAGAUAGAGAACCAACAACAAUUUAACCCGUAUAUGGCGUCGCCGCCAGGACUCGAACCCAGGCCACAUUGGUGGGAGGCGAGUGCUCUGACCGCUACGCCAUCAUCCCUUUUUCCCCAAUAGCGUGUAUGGGCACGGGUUUUGUUGGGUCCCUGAGAACACAAAAGUGUAGGGUAGGUGAAGAGGUCUGAUUGCACCUCUUGAUAACAGCUAUGACUGUCGGCUCUUUUCUGAUCUUUGCUUGAAUUUUAAAAUGGGUUUGACUACUAAGUCUCCCAAUUCCUAUUCUUUCUUCUUCUUUUCACAGCAAUAUGGCUCACCGCCCUCGAAAGAAGAGAUAGUAGAAGCCGGAAAUUCGUGUCCAAUCUGCCAAGAGGACCUCAAGGAUCCCAUCAAACUUCGGGCGUGUAAGGUGCGGCGUUGAUGAGAUUUCCUCAAAAUCGAUUACUUGUCCUCUGUGUCUUUUGUCGCUUUAGGGUAACCUCUAUUAGCUAUGUUUAUGAGCCUCUUGCCUAGUCACGUUAACAAGAUCUCCACUUCUGACCAGUUUAUAAUACAUACAGUGGUGUACACUGUGUACAGGUAGCCAUUACGACACCUGAAGGAGGAUCGUGAGGUUAUCGCUAUAUUAAGAUCUCUCCUUAUAGAUAACCCACCCGGCCCAAGAAAGGCUGGUCACAGAACCGGGGUCUACAUCCCUUUCUCUUUUUGAACGGUCUUGUGGGUUCUUUUACGUCCCACAAGGUGAACCAGAUAAGUGAAAGUGCUGUGAGACGAAGCCUACCGUUUUUCGUCCUUAUCCAAGAAGACUAGAAAGUCUAAACCGUUUGCAGAUGUUACUACAGAGGCAGCACUUUAUUCUCAGUUUUUUAAAGACCCUGAGUGUUGGUCCGGUCGGUGUUUGAACCCGCGGCCUCCCACACAGCAGACGGGCGCUCUCCCAACUGAGCUAACCUGUCUCUCUAUCUUUGUUUAUUUAUUUAUUUAUUGUUUGCAGCACAUAUUUUGCGAGGACUGCAUAUCGCUGUGGUUUGACCGUGAGCGUACCUGUCCCAUGUGCCGAGCCAAGGUUGUGGCUGAUCCCAAGUGGAGAGAUGGCAACACUGCAACCUACGUAAUACUAUUUUAAAUUCUUACUUUCCUGUCGCCUUAAAGUAAAAAAUAGUAAUUACAAAGUACAAGGCUUGGGCCAAGAGAGGAUUGGUUUGGCGAGGUAGUAAUGUGUACGAAAGGCCCGUGGGGGGGGGACCUUUAUUCAUUUCCCUGAAUCAUUUCGUUUAAGCUGACAUCACAAGGUUAGAUUUUUGGCACCAAACGUGUAGACCGCUCAUCUCCAACCUUAAUAUUGUUUUACGUAAAAAAGCUUUUGUCCAAAAAGACACCCUGUUCCAGGCGCUAAAUAGUGAAAUUCUAUAUUCUGAUUAAGACUUAAGACCCUGGGAAACAUGACCCGUUCAGCGGCACAUAGCCGUGUAGGUCAAAUAAGGGAGUGACCCUCCCUUCCCUUCCCUUCCCUUCCCCUCCCCCGGAAAUAAAAGUACCAUCUGUUUGGUUGCAAGUCUGCAGAUGUAGGUAGGAAUAGUAAAUUGGUACUGUUUGUCAAUGUUG